AUGGAGGCCAGGAGACACGUCUACCCCGAGCCGCGACGCCAAGAUGCUCCUCCGCGCCCUCACCGAUUCGACUUCCAGGUUUUCCGCCUGGUCGGUUCCAACUUCCAACUCAUCGACGCCAUUGACCACGAGGAGAGCGCCUGCAUUCCGUGGCGGACCUCGUCUCCCGCUUCUUGGCUUCCACCAUUCAUCACUUCACCCAAUACCCAGCAUUCGCAGACCUCCCCCCCGUCGUUCUCUCUGUCACUCUGCAACCCCUGGCGCGGCACCAUGUGCGAGGAACACUCUCGCGGCGAAUCAUAUCGGCUGAAUCGGCUUGACAGGCCCCAUCUACCGCCCGUGCGGCGCCAUCUGCAGUGCAUGCACGGAUACCUUAAUCAAUCUCCCUCCCCUGGCCUGCACCUCUUCAAGCUGGGCUCCUCCACGUCCCGAGCGUCCGAAGAUAUCUAG